AUGGUCGAGAAUGCUCGGAGUACUGCCAAUGAUAGCCAUCGUGGCCCCGGUAUCCAAGGCGUCUCUAUUACGACAGAUGCUCAGAUGGGAACACAUUCACUAUCCAUAAGCCUUACUCACCAAAACGACAACGGCCUUUUGGAUUGCGAUUUCGUCCCCGUCGUGAAGGCGGAUGGCCUUGAUAACCCCCACGCAUUGCUCGAGUCGCAUAAUAUCAUAUCUGGUCAGCAAGAAUUGAUGGUAACUCUUGUUUCUAAGUUUGAGCUACCGCUCGAGCGUCGAGAGAUUCUGUUUGUGUUUGACCGAACUGACAGUAUGAGCAACAAGAUGUUGACCGUGAAGCUUGCACUCAGUGUCUUCCUUAUGUCUCUUUCCUGUGGAACAUAUUUUAACAUCUGCUCAUUCGGAGAUCAUUAUUCUCCCUGUUGGAAAACAGCAGAGUCAACAAUGACCCACAGAUCGCCUCCCGACCCAAGGCUGGCGGGGAGAUCUUGCUGGAAGUUGAUGUUGUAG